CACAAAGUUUGUUACCAAGGGUAGACUAGUAAUCGAGACGCUGGGGUUAACGCAUUUUGACGAAAGAUUAUGGAGAUCAAUAAAACGAAUGCAACAUGGUCUGAGAGUCCAGGAAAUUUGACGAAUAUACAGUACUACCACUUUUACGAGACCGAGCAGAGAGUUUUCCUCUGUAUCCUGUUUCUGAGCAUCAUCGUUGGAAACAUCGCCGUCCUCGUGGUCGUCCUGCUGACCAGAAAACUCAGAUCAAGGAUGAAUAUAUUUAUGGCAAACUUGGCUAUUGCAGAUAUAAUGGUUGGUUUAUCAGUCCUUGUGGACGUUAUAGAAAAGUUCUUGGUGGAGUGGCAUGGAGGCAACUUCCUGUGUAAAGCGGUGCGGUUCUAUCAGGGCGUGGCUAAUUACGGAUCUACGUACGCUUUGGUGGCCAUAAGUAUUGACCGAUUUGAUAGCGUCGCCAGACCACUUCAGACAAUGGGAAAAGGAUACAGGAUUCACUUACUUAUUGGACUACAAUGGGCAUUUUCCUUGCUGUUUUCAUUACCUAUGUUUAUAUAUGAAGAGAAGGAGGUGCACUCCAAAAUGCAAUGUUUCCUCUCUUUCCCAGAACCGUGGAUUUGGAAAGUAUAUGUUACCAUUCUCUCCCUGGUUGUCAUGUUCAUACCGGCUGUGAUAAUAGCGAUCUGUUACGUUACCAUAGUGGCGGUCGUCUGGAUGAAAUCAUCGUUUACCAUGUCCAGCAGUAAAACUAAAACUGAUGAAUCUUGUAUGGAGUUAUCCACCGCGAUCAGUAAAGAUCGCUUCUCUGAAGAAAGAAUGCCACUGAAACCCCCUCGGCAAAGAAGAGUUCACUGGACGAAAACAUGUGACUCAAGUUCAAGAGGACUGAUACCAAAAGCCAAAAUUAAAACCGUCAAAAUGACUUUUGUUAUUGUAUUAGCCUUCAUACUUUGUUGGUCGCCAUAUUGGGUUUACAACAUUCUACAAACCUUUGGAUAUAUAUCUCCAUCCCAGACCGCAGCCGCCGUCUCCGUUUUAUUUCAGAGUUUAUUUUCACUAAAUAGCGCGGCAAACCCGGUCAUAUUUUUCCUCUUUAAUUCGGCCUUGUAUAAAAGACUUUGCGUUCAACGCGGAAUAUACACCCCGCCAUCAACCUCGAUUUCGCAUGUGUGACGUCAUCAUCUUUUGUAGCAGACUUGUGAUUAUGACGGAGUUUAGACGAGCGAGGUUUUCCGAUACAACAAACCAUCCUUGCAAUUGUUACGUCACACCAGAGGUUGAUUUCAUUUAGAUAGCACGAUUGUUAGCUUGGAAGUAUAACUGGAUAAUGGUGCUAGACUUUGUUUUGAACCGGUGAUAUUUCAUUGUGCCCAAUAAAGGAGAGAAAAAAAAAAUAACCAACAUUGAAUUUUUCAUUGUACCACACCUUUAAGAAUAGUCACUGUUUUCCUGUUUGCGAAGAAAAAUAAACAAAAGGCAGAAGGGUCAUAUCUGGUAACAUGCACCUAGCUCAUAUAGGGAUAUAGAUUCGUUAAGUCUGGAACAGCGAAAAACGGAGUGAGGACCCUCAAUCCUUUGGCCACAGAGUCAUGGAAUAGACAAUAACAUUACUAAGACUCCUUCCUUGUCAGUGAAACUAACUGCAUCAUUUUGAUUUUGAAAUGUAGAAUUUUUUCCUAAAACUUAUGUAAAACAUUAAACCCUUACUGUGACACUACCUGAACCCUUAGGAUCACGAUUUUAUGAAAACCUUAAUGUAAACUAAAUGAGGAUGUUUACAUAGUACAAA